GUACACGAAGCUCAACGCACGCUAUGUGCGGAGAUACCGAUCAACGGUAUUAAAGCAUUAGUGCUAUUUGACUCGGGCUGCACUACCGACUCCAUUACUCCGGAGUUUGCGUAUCUGUGCAAGGCGGGCAGGAUUGACCUGCAGGAGCCAGUAGGCCUCCAGCUGGGGACUAAGGGUAGUCGUACGAAGAUCAAUUUCGGGGCGCAAGCCGAAAUCGCACUGAACUCAGUGCGUAAUACACAUUAUUUCGAUGUCGUCGAUAUCGACAAGUACGACGCAAUAUUGGGGACAGUAUUCUGUCGUAAGUACGGUAUUGUACUGGACUUUGCGAACGACCGGGUGUUGGUCGGGAAGCAGAGCAUUCCUUUAUUCAAGGAGGAGGCCAUUUCCUCCAAGACACCA